AAAAGUAAAGAGGGGGGAGAGAGAGCGAAAGAAAACUAAGCCCAGCUUUUGCCGGUGCUGCUUGGAUUGGAUCUGGUUUGAGUUUCCUCUCUGUUGGCUUGUGCAGCCGGAGAGGAGGAGUGGGGGGAAGUAACUCGCUCACUCUGCCUCUGAAGCUUAAGCAAACGUGUGCUGGUGCCUGCGCUGCCGGGGAGCUGCCCUGGCUGCAGUUGCCUCGGAGCUUGUUGCUUCAGUUACCAAAGAAUUGCCUGGAUUUCUUGAGGACCUGGAGGAAAAAGCCUUCACUUCACAGACCCGAGAAUUGCUCAAUGCCUAUAGACUUGACACGUUUUUUUCCUAGGGGAUUCUUCUCUUAAUUAUUUUUCUCCCGUGUCUCUAAGAACAGCAGUUCCUUGAGUGUGUGGCAUUGAAAUCCAUUGCUUUGUUAACAACUUUGGGAGAUAUUUUUAAAAAAAACUUUUUUUUUUUUCUCUCUCUCUUUUGUUUUCUUUGCCUUAAAAAAAAAAAAAAAAAAAAAAAAAAGGAAAAAAGAAAAAGAAAAAAAAAAAAAAAGAUAAUCCUUUUGGGGGGAGGGGAGAUGAUCGUGCUGAUGUGGAAUAAGUGCUCCUGCUGUCUCCUCUUACUAGCCGCGGUCCUGAUCGUGGAGAGCUCCCAGCUAGACAGCUCCAGCUCCAAGGUGAACUCCAUCAAGUCCACCCUGAUGGGGGAGGCUCCAACUCAGGCAACCAACAGAUCUGCAGGCAUCCACCAGGGACUGACGCUUGCUAGCAGUAAGAAGGGCAAAAUGCUAGAGCAGAUGGGAAAACCUCCCAAGCACUAUCACCGGCAAGGAGAGGCCUAUCCUUGUACCAAUGAUAAGGAAUGUGAAGUUGGGCGAUACUGUCACAGUCCUCAUCAAGCAACGUCUGCAUGCAUGAUGUGCCGGAGGAAGAAGAAGCGUUGCCACAGAGACGGCAUGUGCUGCCCUGGGAACCGCUGCAACAAUGGUAUUUGCAUACCAGUAACUGAAAGCAUCCUUACACCUCACAUCCCUGCUCUAGAAGGGCCACGCAACAAGAAGAACAGUCAUUAUGCUAGCAAGGAUUUGGGAUGGCAAAACCUAGGGAGGCCGCGCUCCAAGCUGUCACACAUAAAAGGGCAUGAAGGCGAUCCCUGCCUACGGUCAUCAGACUGUAUUGAGGGACACUGUUGUGCUCGCCAUUUCUGGACCAAAAUUUGCAAGCCUGUGUUGCAUCAGGGGGAGGUGUGCACCAAACAGCGCAAGAAAGGGUCCCAUGGACUGGAGAUUUUCCAACGAUGUGACUGUGCCAAGGGGCUGUCCUGCAAAGUAUGGAAAGAUGCGACCUCCUCUUCUAAAUCAAGACUUCAUGUGUGCCAGAAAAUCUGAAUGAGGAUUGGGAAGAUAGUAUUAAGUGACUGUAGCUUUACGUAUUUAAUGCAUUACGGCAUGGUGGGAAACGAGGACUGCAAAUGAAAGCAGAAUGGCUAAAGUAACAGUUAGGGUAGGAGUAGAAGUCACACCAAAUGGAUUUCUUUUUGAGCUGGUGUUAAACACAAGUGCAGCUGGAGUUCUACUGUGCAGUUCUUCUGUAAAUAACUUCUACAGUUUGUGGGAAAUGCUAGUAUGCAAACAAGUACAGUGGAAAUUAAUGUCACUUACCUUGCUGUGUUGUCCCAUGAUGUUUCAGGGCUUCAGUGGGCUUCCAGCAUGGUGAUGACUGCUAAAUAAACUGUAUACAUUAUACUCCUAUAGGAAGCAGUGCAUGCCAGGAAGACUCAUCUGUCAACACAUUAUUGGCCACAUUGUAGGUGUGAGAAAUGGAAAUAAAGUUACUGUGAAUGUCCACAUGCCCUUGUCAUUCAGGGCUGACACUUCAGCAAAGAAAGCACUCCUGCAGGACAAGAGUGCUCUGUUUUGCAGGCCCUCGUGAAAGAGGUGAAAACUUGCCAUCUCACAAUUUCAAGAGUGCAGCAGUUUCUCUAAUAGGAGGCAUUUAAACAGGUUUUGUUUCCUAUACGUAGGUAAAUUGAAAUGCUUUAUGUAGUUCAAUGUCAUAGUACGGCACUUAAUCACUUGUAUUUGCCUCAGUUUACUGCUAGUAUACAUUGGGUUGAACAGAUGAAGCAAAUACGUGCAUGCUGAAUCCAGAAUUAUAUAUAUAAUGAACAACAGGCAGUUGCUCAUUAGUCCUAAAUAUACUUUCCUUGCCUAAGCAUAUUUGCUUUAUAGAUGUUUCCAAAAGACAUAGCAGACUGUUGAAGUGCCUAACACUAAGAGCUAUGAAGUUGUUUCACUGUUCUGUUGUAACAGACGACGUAGAUAAUUGUUGAGGUCUUUAGAGCACACUGCUACAAACUCCAAUUUUUACAUUUUAUUCGUAGCAACAGGCUACAGAUGGCACUCUGCAGAAGUAUAAUGGAUUUGUUUCUUAGAGGCAGCAAAGAAAAAGGAGUUGGCUCUUGUGAGCACCUCCUCUCCUGCAGAGAAACAUGUAAGAAGAUGGUACGACCACAAAUGACUUGUUAAACAUCAUGCGAUGUCACAGCAUACCAGCCUCCAGCGUGUAUUCAGCCUGAACUUGAUGUCCUCCCAGUCUGAACUGUUCUGCCAGGAAUGAUGAAAGUACAUGGACUGUGGAAACAGCUGACAACUCUACAUUGUUUGUGUACUGGUUAAAAAAUGAACAGUCUCUACCCCUUGACUUGUCUCCCAGGUCUUUUCAAACUUGUUUCAUUUUACUUAUUUGCAAGUAUUCCUUUGUAUAGACAUUGGUAAAAAGACUGGCAUUUCUUUAAAGAAGUUGUAAUUACCCGUUUAUAAUUACCCAUUUUCAUGUUUUGUAAUACAAGGGACUUUUCUGUUUAAUCAGUUCUGAACAACGCAGGUAGACCAGUAUGCAGUUUAACUUUGAAGACCAUGUCACCCCUACCUGACACCUUUUUCCAUCAAUGGUUGUUUUAACUCUAUAGUCUUAGCUACAUUGCCUGACUCAGACUUCCUAAUUAGAACACAGACCUCAGCUAUAUUGCCUUUAUCUUCCGUAAGAGUCUGAAUACAAAGAAUAUUUCACACGCCUCUUUCCCUACUGGAGUUAGUUUUUAUUGACCUAGAGAGACUGCUCAGAGACAGGGUCUUCUGUUUGUUAAUAGUCUCAGUCAGAGUUUUAUCUUGCAGUCCUAUCAUUGCAACUCUGCUUGUUUCAGAGUUUUUCCACUGUAACUGAAACAGGAAUAAGGCUCAGAAAUAGCAUAAUUCCAAGAUAUUAAAAAAAUACAGAAACACAUACUUGCAAGAAGCACAUGCAAGCAUGUACUCAUCAGAGAAGCUCUAUCGCUCUCACUGUGACUAAAUAUAAAAGGAAAUAGUACUCAACGUGAGCAGGGGGGUUUGCAGAAAUGGGCUCUCAGCAAUUUUUAGCUCUUCUUGUCAUUGGCCUACCCCCCUUUUCCUCUUGCAAAACAUAGUUAUUUGGGAUAAUUUAUUUACAGGAAAUGUUUAAUGAGAUGUAUUUUCUUAUAGAGAUAUUUCGUACACAAAGCUUUGUAGCAGAAUAUAUUUGCAGCCUGUUGACUUUAAUGUAGAAAAAUGUAUAAUAAGAUUAAAUAUAUUAAAUGUCCUUUCCCAUUCCUCCCCAAAUAUUUUACCCAUAUUCUUUUCCUUACCUUCUACUUAAAAACAGUAGUUCUUUCUGGAAAGAUAUGCAAAUCUAUUGGAAAAAGAAAAAGGAAAAAAAAAAAAAAACAAAACAAACAAAACAACAAAACAAACCACAACAUAUAUUUUAACUGUACAAGAAAAAGCAUCUGAUUCUACUUGUGUCUCGAAGCGCUAUGUAGUCUGAGUUUUGGAAAAACAUGUGAAGGUCAUCUUAAAAUCCCCACGCGUCUUUUCUACAAAACUGGUUUAAGUGGCAACUAUCUCUAUGCUUCUCUUGGGACAGUUUACACCUAAACAUUCAAGAAUAAGUACUGAAAAUAAUGUACCUGGAUGCAUAAUGUUCAAUCAACCAUGUUAAACAGGAAAAGUGCCCAGACACAUUCCCUGGAUAGUGAUACAUACCAGAGAGGCUCGUGGUGGGUAAAACUGGUAUUCAAAUUACAUGGCAUUUUGCUAUGGGUUACAGCAUACAAAUGCACUGUUGCAAGAUCUGUAACUAGCAAUUCUGAAAUGGCAGAUAACACCAUUCAGCUCUAAUAGCAUGAAACAAUCCAUACAUAUGACACAAUUGAAAAUAUUGCUACUAAAACCAGCCAAGUUCUGAUCCCAGGAAAACCCCUGCAGAGCUCAAUAAAUAUUGCAAAAUAAUGGCUGUGAUUGUUGAGCAAUGGUCUCAAUAUCUUCGUUAUUUAUUUCUGGUAACCCUUUGCUCAAACAGAUGUACAUUUGCAGGAUGGAAUGGUUUCCGAGUCGUGCUACUGUUUGUGCAAAAUGAAAAGGUUUUGCUACUAUUAUUUGCAGUAUUUGGUGGGUAGGCCUUUGAAAAUUCUAAGACUUUUAACAAUAACAUAAUAAAGAUGUGAUCAUCUUCAGAUCCCAAUGACUUCACCAGAGCUUGAGACUGCCAAAGCCUUCAGACAUUUAAUCUGGGAACAAAAACAAUAGGCACAGGCGGUUCGUUGCACACCACAAAUGCUGAGCAACAUAGUUGAACUGAAUAGCGUGCAAGUAGUUUUGCAAGACUCAAAUUUGAUUGUUUAGAAGCCAUUCAGUUAAAAUUUUUGGGAAAUAUACAUCAGUUUGAGAACAAAAGAACAGCUAAAUUUGGAGAUAAUUGCUCUCACUCAUUGUGUCACUCAUCAAGGGAAUUAAGAGUGACUUUGGCUCAGUAAAUUUCAGAAAUCUGCUCUCAUGACACAAGUACUGAAAAGAUCAUUGCUGAACAAUUCAAAUACUCUUCCUAUUAGCCUAGAAUAGCCUCAGAAAUGCAACAUCUCUUUGGAAAUACUUUUAUUAACUUUCCUAAAAAUAAUGGAUUUCUACUCUAUAACAGCAUAUAUUUGAUUUACAUUAUAAAUGUGGGUGUGUAUCUAUUACUGUACUAUUUGCUUUGUCUUAUGUUGCUUGCAACCUAUAGUAUUUAUGAUUUUAAACAUUUUUAAAUGAAAGCAAUUAAAAUAGAUUUAUACACUUACUUGUAUAACAACACUUUCAACAGCAUACAUCCAGCACCUGACACCUAAACCACAAUUCAUUGAAAUUCAAGCCAUCUUCUGCAUAUUCUGACUUUUCUGCUCAUGUUCUCAACGACAGCAAAAAAAAAACCCUCACCAAACACGAACUGUCCUGGGCAGAAGCUGAGGAGAGACAUUCCUAAAUUAUUGCAUGUCACCAACACACCAGCCCUCUCUGCUUUCACUUCAGAGCCCUGCAUCAUCACUCCCGAUAGGAAAGGUAAAGUGCUACCAAAGAGAAAUUGUAUUUUUUAUCCCUUCCUGUUCCCUUUCCUUCUAGGAAAGCCAUUUGAAAAAGGAUAUCCUGAAGGUCAAAGUCACUGGAAACUCAUACUCUAGGCCAAGACUUUUAGGAGUCUCGAGAUCUAUCCUCCAACUUUCAAAAACUUAAUUGCUAAGAGAGUUAUGUAGAUGAUACGACCAUAUUUACAAAAUAUAAGGCUAGCUCUUUAGAUUGUCAUUCAAGUGUUCUGAAAAUAACUGUCCACAGUGGGGUGGGGAACCUGAACGCACCCCACCUUUCCACUCCCAAAAAACAACCUCACCUGUAGUCCCUGACAAAUGGACACAAAGCCAUCAUUAAUUUUGCUUUUAAAUCACACAAUAAAUUUAUGCUUUCUUACCUUA